AUGCCACAUGCAGAGACUCCCAAUCAGGUUGUUGCGAUUGACUUUGUUCAGGUAGAACUCAAAAGAGAAAGCCGGGAUGGAACCGUUGAAGAAGUGGUUAGAAAUGUUCUCACAGUUGUUGACUUAGCCACUGAUUUCUGCCAACAGAUAGUAGUUCCCCGAGAAAAGCAUGCAUUUUCCAAAGCCUUCCACCAGGUAUGGGGACGUCCAUAUGGGGUUCCAAAAACAGUUUUCAUGGAUCCUGACCACAGAGCAAUGUCAUCCGAAUGGCAAAGAUAUCUAGUGAGAAACAACAUCCAACUGUUGUAUGCCGCCGCAGAGUCUCAUUGGCAACUGGGAAAAGUUGAAGUAGUCAAUAGGAUUCUCCGUGGUAUGGCCCAGCGCCGUGAGCCCAGACAUGCUGGAUCACUUGCAGAUGUCGAUGAACAGCGGAACAUUGUCUCUCAAUCCCAGGUUCUGGCUGACCCUACCUUUUCUGCAAAGCUCCAUCUCAGAGAGAUUGCUGCGAAAGCCUUCUUAGAAGAACAUGCACGUGACACAUGGAGAAGGGCUGUAGGAGGCUUACGCCCAAUUGCAGAAGACGAAGUGCAGUUUCGUGCUCUUUCCAAAGCUCUUGAACAGGGUGACAUGCCCGAUGAUGUUGAACGAGCUGAUGAACAACUCAGGGAGAAAUCAGAGGGCGGACCCCGCAAGAUCCGUAGACGUUUUUACCGUUCUCAAGCCUAUUGGGAAGCACGAGCUGCCGGCAUGCCUCCACAUGGUGCAUUGCAUGAGGGUGAAACUCCAAACGUGGUUCAUGACUUAGGUCAAGCAGAGCCAAAUUCAGUGUUGAUGCAGCCAGAUCAGAACAUGUCAUUGGAACCUGAUGAUACAUCACAACAAGAAUCUGUAGAGCCUCCCAACAGUGACCAGUCCAUGCCGGACUUCAAUGCUCCAGUGGAAGUUCCAGUGCCGCCUGAUGAUGAGCUGCAGGUAACAUCCAAUCGUCGCAAGCCAAAGGAGACCAAACAUCUGAUCUUGUCCCUAUGUGCAGCCAAGCGUUGGAAGUUGUGGGGAGCUGACAUAAAGACAGCCUUCUUAUCAGGGGAUCCUUCACAACGUGACAUAUUCUUCAGACCCCCAAAAGAAAUUAAGGAAUGGAUGAAUUUGUCAAAUGAUGAUCUCUUCAGAUUAGAAAAGGCCGCAUACGGCUUAGCCGAAGCACCCCGAGCUUGGUUCCUUAGGUUAUCCCGUGAACUAAAGUCAGCUGGUUUACUGGUUUCUCAACUAGAUCCCUGUCUCUAUUCCUUGCGUAGCAAAAAUGGCAAACUCCUUGGGAUAUGUGGGGUACAUGUUGAUGAUCUCAUUGGAGGUGGUGAAAAAGAAAUGGACGAUGCGCUGUCCAACCUCCGAAAGCAGCUGCCCUUUGGUGAUUUCCGUACCUUCACAAUCAGGUACACCGGGAUUGAAAUAAGACAGUGCCCAAACACCUUUGCCAUCGAACUGGGCCAGGAGGCCUACAUAGAUGCACUUGAGCCAGUCGAAACGAAACCUUUAGGUAGUGCCAAUACUCCUUUGAAAGAUGCUUCAAUCAUGAGGACAUGUGCAGGUCAGUUAGCAUGGGUUGCAAACUCCACCAGACCUGACCAAGCAUUUUUAGCUUCAUUUUUACAGGGCAUCCAAGAUAAGGGUACGGUAGCACAUGUCCAACUUUACAAUAAGGCGAUUCGAGAAAUGAAACAGAGAAAAGUGUGCCUCCGUUUUCCAAGUGGCAUUGAUGUCAAAGAUUGGCGCCUGAUGUGCAUUUCCGAUGCAGGGUGGGGUACAAGAGCCAAUGGCGAAAGCCAAGGUGGUUUCAUACUUUGCAUAACCACCCCUACCAUCUUCGAAAGGAGACGCACAGUCUGCUGGAUCAUCGACUGGCAGAGCAAAAAGCUUCGCAGAGUGGUUCGCUCUUCAGUUGCAGCCGAAACAUUGGCCGGUCAGAACGGAUUAGAUAGCAUAGAAGCCUUCCAAGCCAUGUUAGCAGAAGUUCUAGAUGGAUUGACGCCAAGACAGUUCCGUGAAAUUGUUCCCACCAAUCCUGCUGCUUUGGUCAUUGACAGUAAGGGUUUCUUUGAUGCCAUCACUCGCAGUUGCUGUAGCCAAGCUGUAUCUGUUGAGAAAAGACUUCAAAUCGACUAUGCGAUUGCAAAGGAGACCACUGUGAAUCAAAACAUCAUAGUGUUCUGGGUAAACAACCUACGCAUGAGCUCAGAUUGCCUAACGAAGCUGAAAGGUGACACCAAACCCUUGUAUGAAAUUCUUGAUGAAGGAACUUAUGAGAUAACUCUUUGUACCCAGUCAGGGAAAAAGGAAAAGCAAGGGGUAGAACCAAAACCUGAGGACUGA